GUCAUUACCUUGAUCACUCACACGAUUCAAUGAGAAGAUCUGAUUGAAGAUGCAUGCUUUUUCACCGCGCUAGCCAUAGUAAGGUCUGUCUUCCCGUUGGUCUUGAUGCAGCUAGAUUCGCAGUCUUCCAUUACAACUGUACAUCCAGUUUUUACACAACUCAGGGUUCGUCACAUCUGAGAUAUCUGCAAUAUCAUGCAUUUCAUGACAUCCUGAUUCCACAUUGCACCAUCUUUGCAUUUUAGAUCCACCUGCAGAGUUAUCAUCUUGUCCACUCAGUUCGGUCACCAGUGCACAUCAAACUACUCUUUCUCUAGAGGCGUUUCCAAGAGAUCUGAAGUGCAUUUGCCACACGGUCUACGAUUUGGCUCGGAACCAGAAUCCUAGUCUCCAGCGUUCUUUUUGAUUCCCAUCGCUUGUCUUGAGCUCGAGCAGCUUCCUAAUUCCACUUUGCACAAUCUCCCUGCGUUUGUGGUGAUUGCUCAUGAUCAGCGUAUCGGCAGAUCUUGUAGUGAUAUUUGUGUCACUACUCGUGCACAUUGCAAAAACUCUCAAGCACAGUCACACGCGUUGUGACACUACGACAGGAAGUUCAGUUUUCUUCGGGAGAGACUAUCUUUCUGGAGGAGAACGCGACCUGUAGGCGCGGUUACAUCUUGCAUGUGCCUGCCAAGUAGCAAAUAUUUCUUACUCUGUGAGAAUGGAGGAGAGGAUGGAAGGUGCAGGUGACUCUGGGAGAGUGGAGGAGAAGAUGGAAGGUGCAGGUGACUCUGUGAGAGUGGAGGAGAGGAUGGAAGGUGCAGGUGCGUCCAUCGUCAAUCAAGCUGCGGAAUUUGCGACACGGGAAAUGGACUCCGCAGACGAGGAACUGUAUCUUCCCUCCGCGAUCCAGGACCUGGUACGGCGUCUUGAAGGACAAGGCGAGCCUGUAACGCGGUUUCCCGAUUUAAGCGGGCGAGAAUUUCAGGAUUUCUUUCCGAAGCGUGAAUCGAUCUCGACGAUCACAGGGUGGCGAAGCAAAGUGCGCCUUCGAGUGCUGGAGGCAAUCGGCAGCUGCAACACCCUUGAGGUUCUCCACGUGGACCAUAUUUGGUCGGCAGAUAUAUCGAGGUUGAAAAAAAGCGAGUGGGAGUUCGUUUUGAGAGGAUUCAAGUCUAGCACCGUUUUACGAAAGAUAGUCGUUUUACGUUUGAAGUGGAUGAGUGAUGGAGACUUGGAUUGGAUAGGGGAUGGAGACUUGAAAUGGAGUUUGAAAAGGAGUUUAGAAGCGAAAGUGGAGAGCUGGUGUUUACAGCUGGGGAGACUUCUGAAUUCUUCUAGCGUGAUAGAAUUGAAACUUGACAAUUGCAGUUUGAGUGCUAGAUGUUUCUUGAAUCUCGCAUCAGGAAUGCGAAGACAUUCCGAUUCUAAACUCCAGUCUUUAGAACUGCAUAACGCUUGGAAGGACACAAGUGCGGUGAAGCAUGUGGCUGACAUGAUCAACCGUGCUCCUCAAUUAGAAACGUUGCGUUUAGGCGGCUCUUAUAACGACAUUGAGGACGAGACCGUUGGAAUCCUGUCCCAGGCUUUGAUCCAGAGCUCGUCCCUGAAGGAAUUGGAGUUAUUUGAGGUAGUGUGGGGAGAAGCCUUGUUGCUGAAAGCUUUGGCAGGAGAUGAUCGCAACCAAUCCAUUGAACGUCUUCGGCUGUGGGGUAUGUAUACUCUCGGAGACUGUUUGAGGGAACUUCUUAUUUCCACCCGAUCAUUGAAGGAAGUGGAGUUGCACUCUUUGUGGAUGAGUCGUGAGGAAUGGCACCAGCUCGGCGAAGUCAUACGUGACAAUGCUAUAGCAACAACUAUACUUGUUUAUUUUGACUUACCACGUGAUAUAGACAUAGACGGUCUUCCGCGUUCUGCUAGCUUCGAUGUCAAGUACCCCACAGCGGAUGCCUUGAAGUCAAUAGACGCUCUUGCUCGUUCUGCGAGCUCCGAUGUCAAGGACCCCAUAGUGGAGCUUGUACUCAGAACUUCAUAUGACCAUGAAGUGAUGUUUGCAGUAAAACUAAUAGGCAGGGUACUGCGCGGGGAAGUCAAAUCUCUGAGUGUAUUGGCGCGUUCUAAAAAUACCAUCACUUUCAGUAUCCUCCCGAUGAAUGGGAAAACUGGAGAAACUUCAAUCCUGAAGAGACUGGAAUUAUCUGUUCGAAGCCAACGUCUUUCGAAGGGAGUAUGGGAGGAACUGCUUCGGUGCAUUCGAGACAACCACCUCACUCACUUGGAUUUUUUGUCUGACUCCGAACUUGACGAGGAGGCGUUCAGGGACCUGAUUGGGGUCCUGCAAGUAAACUUGGCUCUCCAGGAAAUCGACGUCUCACGAACCUCAUGGGCAAGGGACGGAAAGGCGGCGCAGAUUCAAGAGGCACUGAAGCAGAAUCAGAAGCGGUUGGUUUACAUGUCCCUGUUCAGAGAAGCGAACUUAACAUUUGGAGAUGCAAAAGCUUCUCGACUCUUCUUAUGCGGCUCUCCUAGAGCAGGAAAAACUCAAUUGCUUAAAACAUUGAUGAGGAUAAACCAUAGAUGGCUACACAAAAGCAAUCUGGUCAGUAAAUGGGACGCAUUGUUGAGAACCAAAGGCAUUGAGGUGACCUUUUUGCAAAACAAUGACAAAAUGCAAAUCUCAGUUUGGGAUCUUGCAGUACAAUGGAUUUUUCGUACCCUUCAAAAUGUUCUCUUUCCUCAAACCAACAAUUUUUGUGUUUUUCUUUUUGUGUAUAGCCCCUUCUGUGAGAGAACAUCUUCAAACAAAUCAGACUCUUGUUUCAAAACUGAGUUGGAGGAGUGGCUGAGUUUCAUCUCAUCUAGCACUAAGGUCACUGGACAUGAUCUUCCCCAAGUUUUUGUUGUGAUUUCUCACAAGGAUAAAACCAUAUCUAACUCUUUGAGUUGGGCUCACUCCAUAGUGGAAAAACUAUCAGAAAGAUUUGCAAACUAUGUGGAUCUUCGCCCUAUUCAAGAGUGUUUUCAGAUGGAUACCCGGAAGAAGAAGCAAGUUAUCCCUCUUAAUAGAUACAUUUUUGAGAAUUUUCACGAGUUGUUGAGAGAAAAAUCCCCACAGGUUCCUGAAUUGUGUUCUGAACUCACCUCUCUCUUGGUUACAAACACCAAGAAGAACAGAUGUGUCCCUCUGUGGACAUCCAAAAAGUUUCAUGAUUUCUGUGCUCCACAAUUGACAAGCUUCAUUCCAUCAUCUUCUGCUCACUUUGUUGAUCAUUCAAAUAUAAUGAAGUCUGUCCUAUCCUAUUUGAAUGACGUUGGAUCCAUCAUAGACAUCCCCAACCUUGAUUACAUCAUUGUGGAUCCCAACUGGCUCACCAAGACCUUUUUGGGUGAAUUGAUAGCUAUAGGUCAAAACUUUCAAGCUCAAGAGUCUGAGUCUUCUAAUAGAAUUAGCUCAUACACAAGCAAGGACGGAUUUGUGAGUGAAAGUGUAUUUGCUCGGUUGAUAGAAGAGUUUAUGAGAAAGCAACCACAUGGACAGAGAGGUGUGGACAGAGAGCAGCUUGAAAACAUCCUUGUCAAUUUAGAUUUGUGUUUUAAGUUGGAAGAUACUUCUCAGUAUUUCAUUCCUUCUUUCAUCCCUGAGCAUGCAAGCAAGAAAGGACAGAAGCAUCAAGAAGAGGCGCACGUGGAGUCCAUGUAUUGGAAAAAUAGGAGUGAAACUUCACAGUUUGUCGGCAUUCGAAUUCAAUGUCAAGAUGGAAGAACAAUGUCAUUGACUGCUGCGUUUUUUCCACGGUUUCAGAUGUUCAUGAGACGCAAGUUGAUCACUGAGAUGCAUGUGAUUGAGGAGAAUGUGACAUGCUCUCGACAUUAUCUGCGACUUUUUCUUGAUGGACAUCAGAUAUAUAUCGAGCACGUUCAGAGUGAAAAGUCCCACAAAUACGUAGAUGUUUUGAUAUUAUGCUCCAGGCAUAAAUCAAGGGAGGUGACUAUUAAAUAUGUGAUGAAGCAUAUCGUUCAGGAGUUGAUAUCAUUUUGCGCAUCACCUAAAGGUUGUCCCGGGGUGGCGUUAGUGCUCGGUGUGAUCCAAACAUUUUGCGUGGAGAUGCUGAUUCCGAGUCAUCUAAGAGGAGCCAUUCUGAUCGAGAAGCUGAAAUCGGACUUCAUUCGUAGCAUCAAUGACAAACUUGAGGAAAUGCCGUUGGAAAGGUCGCACUUGGUGGAGAAGGAAGAGUUGUUCCACUAUGAGCAUUGUUGGCCUCCGAUUGAAAGGCAUAUGGGCGAAAUAUCUGAACGAGCUAGUGAUUUGUUGUGGGAGAGCGAUGUGGAAGCUGUUGUGAAUGAGAUUCGACAGAAACAAAUUGAAGAAUUGAAGUCAUUGCAGGAAGGUCUAAUCAGCGUGGACAAUGAUUUGGCUCAGUGUUAUCCUGAACACAUGGUUAGCGACUCGAAUUUCCCUCAAAUGAAAGACUUCAAACCACCUACAUCCAGGUUUUUGAGUCGGGCCAGCACAAGUCUUGAGAAUCGUUCGAGCCGACUUGUUUUGUUCAAGAUCGACCAGCUAGAAGAAAAGCUAAUUCAAAAGGUUGAUGGUUUGGAUGAGAGGCUGAGAUCAGUGCAGAGCAUUCUGCAGAAAUUGGAGAUGAAGAUGGUACAUAUACUCUCUUUGCACCAAGAAUUGCAGUCAUCGUUGAGUGACUUCAUGUCUAAAGUGGACAGAUGCAUUCAGUAUUCUCAUUCGCUUCAGCAGUCCAGAACGCCCAAGAGACCUUAUGUUAAGAACGAUGUUGGACUUCUCUAUAGAAUGAGUGCACUACUGCAUAAUGGAACCACCGUUCGCUUACACUUGAUGUGUGAGUCUGAUACUGGGUUUCACAUUGUCAAAGAUCAAGAAGGUUUGAUGAUACGUUUGGAUCGGGAGAAUAGCUCAUGGAUUCGAAAAACUAUUGAAAUCUCAUACAAAGUCAUGUAUUAUGUUGUGAAGGCUGGACUGGAUAAGACACUCAAUUUGGGCCAAGCUAUUCCAGACUGGGAAGAUUUAAAAUCUGAUAUUGUUCAACUAGACGGUAUUAGUGAUGAUGAUCAUAGGGCAUUUCUAAAAGGUGGGGAAAGCAAAGAGCUGCAAGAAGCAUGGUUGAGGAUUCAACAAACUCUUGCGCCUCAACUUCAAACUCGCUAUUCCGAAAUCUUCAAGUUGUAUCAGGUGAAAUACGUCAGUUUAGAAAAAGGUGGGCAUGCAUGGGUGUGCGAGAAGUGCAUGAAUAGAGGCAUUCGUUGUGGAAUUCUGACAUGUUGGGAUUUUGAAGACGUUAGAACGCCAUCAUGCAAUUGACAAGCAUAUGUUUAGACCCUCAUGCAAUAUACAACUCUGAAAAUUCUUCCUUGCAGUUUUCAC